AUGUCAUCGGUCACUUUUUCGGAGCAUGUUGGCCCAACAACAACAACGACACGUGCACCGGUCUUAUCACCAGUUGCGGCUGACGUAUCGGGUAGUAUGGAGAAUGCAAUUUGUGGUACAUUAGAACUAGCAGAUGGUACCACGUAUGCCGGUUAUUCCUUUGGUGCGAUGAAAAGUAUUUCCGGUGAAGUGGUUUUUAAUACCGGUAUGGUUGGUUAUCCGGAAGCAUUAUCUGAUCCAUCCUAUUGUGGUCAAAUUUUAGUCCUUACGUACCCAUUAAUUGGAAAUUAUGGUGUUCCAGAUAUGACAAUUAAGGAUGAAUUUAACUUACCAAAAUAUUUUGAAUCUAGUAGUGUUCAAAUCGCCGGCCUGAUUGUAUCGGAAUAUUCGUUUCAACAUAGUCACUGGAAUGCUGUCCAAUCACUUGGUCAAUGGCUACAAGACCAUGACAUUCCUGCUUUAUUUGGUAUUGAUACACGAAUGAUUACGAAACGAAUUCGUUCACUUGGUGCAAUGCUUGGAAAAAUUGAAUUUCAAGGUCAAGUUGCUGAAAUUCAAGACCCAAAUCAAUUGAAUCUCGUGGCUCAAGUGACGACGAAACGUCUUGUAGUGUAUAAUGAAGGCGCAUCACCUCGGAUUAUUGCAUUUGAUUGUGGCAUGAAACACAAUAUUAUCCGGUAUUUCGUGGCCAAAGGGGUUGAAUUAACAGUCGUGCCCUAUGAUUAUGACUUGGUGCAUUGUGAUUUGGCAUAUGAUGGAAUUUUCAUCAGUAAUGGUCCUGGCAAUCCACUCAUGGCUUCAAAAACCAUUGAAACCAUUCGAUGGGCUAUUCACCUUGAACAACCAAAACCCAUUUUUGGUAUUUGUCUUGGAAAUCAGAUUCUAGCACUUGCUGCUGGUGCAACGACGUACAAGAUGAAAUAUGGUAAUCGUGGCAUGAAUCAACCGUGCAUUGAUAUGCGCACAACGCGUUGUUAUAUUACACCACAAAAUCAUGGCUAUGCAGUGGAUUCCAACUCCUUACCUGAUGGAUGGAAAACCUUUUUUAUGAAUGCCAAUGACAAGUCGAACGAGGGGAUUAUUCAUGAACAUAAGCCGUUUUUCUCAGUACAGUUCCAUCCAGAGGCUUGUGGUGGCCCCACGGACACGGCGUUCCUUUUUGACAUGUUUUUAGAAAAAGUGAACAACGCUCCACCAAAACUUACGGUCAUGGAUACGUCCUUGUACGACCGUCCGACGUUUUCCAAGGUGCUGUUGCUAGGAUCGGGUGGUCUGUCGAUUGGUCAAGCUGGUGAAUUUGACUACUCUGGCUCCCAGGCUAUCAAGGCGCUGCGUGAGGAAGGCGUGCAUGUCAUCUUGGUGAACCCAAACAUUGCUACCGUGCAGACGUCCAAGGGCCUGGCUGAUAAGGUGUACUUUGUACCUGUGCGUGCUGAGACGGUGCUGGAGAUUAUCAAAAAGGAAAAGCCUGAUGGCAUUCUAGUGAGCAUGGGUGGCCAGACCGCUUUGGCUGUCGGUAUUGAGCUGUACUUGAAUGGUGACCUCGAUCGUCACAACGUUCGCGUCAUGGGAACGCAAAUUGAGUCCAUCAUUGAUACUGAGGAUCGUGAGAAGUUUUCGGCAAAGCUGGAUGAGAUUGGCGAGACUAUUGCGUUAAGCCACCCCGCUACGACCGUUGAGGGUGCGCUGAAGGCCGCAAACGACAUUGGCUACCCUGUGCUGGUGCGCUCUGCUUUCGCUUUGGGUGGUCUUGGCUCAGGAUUUGCUGCUAACGACGAGGAGCUGCGCAUUUUGGCUACCAAAGCGCUUCACGGUUCGGCUUCGAAGGGAUCGAUCAAGCAGAUUUUGAUUGACCAGGAUCUGCGCGGAUGGAAGGAGGUUGAGUACGAGGUUGUGCGUGAUUCCAAGGAUAACUGCAUCACGGUCUGCAAUAUGGAGAACUUUGAUCCGUUGGGUAUCCAUACGGGUGACUCCAUUGUUGUUGCUCCCUCACAGACGCUGUCGAAUAGUGAGUACUUUAAACUCCGUUCGACUGCACAAAAGGUGGUUCGUCACUUGAACAUUGUCGGCGAGUGUAACAUUCAAUACGCUUUGGACCCACACUCGGAGCGUUACUGCAUCAUCGAAGUAAACGCUCGUUUGUCCCGUUCCAGUGCUCUUGCCUCUAAGGCGACGGGCUACCCACUGGCCUACGUCGCGACUAAGAUUUCGCUCGGCAUCGACCUCGUCUCUAUCAAGAAUAGCGUGACGAAGACUACCACGGCGUGCUUCGAGCCUAGCCUAGACUACUGUGUUGUCAAGAUGCCGCGAUGGGACCUGAAGAAGUUUUCGCGUGUGUCUAACGAUCUUGGUAGCUACAUGCUGUCGGUGGGCGAGGUGAUGUCAAUCGGUCGUAACUUUGAGGAGUGUAUCCAAAAGGCUGUGCGAAUGGUGAACCCGAAUCUGGACGGCCUGGAUGGCAACGUUGUCGACAAUGAGACGAACCCUGAGGUGCUUGAUGCUCAAUUGAGUCACCCUACGGACGAACGUCUGUUCUACGUCAUCUCAGCGCUCGACGCUGGCUAUACGAUUGACCGCGUACAUGAGCUAACAAAGAUUGACAAGUGGUUUUUGUCAAAGCUGGCUCGCAUCUCGACGCUCCGUCAGUCAGUGCCCAAGUUUACGCUGGACACGUUGAGUGAACGCUACAUGCGCACGCUGAAGGUGAACGGUUUCUCUGACCGUCAGAUUGCUGCCCAGCUGCCGAACGCCACUGCUAUGCAAGUGCGUGAACGCCGUAAGGCUCUGGGCGUCUUGCCCUGUGUGAAGCAGAUUGACACGUUAGCAGCUGAGUUCCCGGCUCAGACGAAUUACCUGUACAUGACAUACGGCGGCUCGGAGGAUGAUAUCCCGACGAGUGAGGAAGCCAUAGUUGUGCUUGGCUGUGGUGCGUACUGCAUCGGUUCAUCGGUGGAGUUUGAUUGGUGCGCUGUGAGCGCUGUGCGCACGGUCCGCGAACUUGGCAAGCCUGCCAUUGUGGUGAACUACAACCCAGAGACCGUCAGUACGGACUACGACGAGAGCGACCGCCUGUACUUCGAGGAGCUUAGCCUGGAGCGCGUGCUGGACAUCUGGGACCGUGAAAACCCGGAGGGUGUGAUUGUGUCUGUUGGUGGACAGAUUCCAAACAAUUUGGCCAUGCCGCUGUCCAAGGCCGGUGUAAACAUCCUGGGUACGGAUCCCAAGAGCAUUGAUCAGUGUGAGGACCGAAACAAAUUUUCGGCGCUUCUGGACACGCUCGGCGUUGACCAACCGCGCUGGGCGGAAGUGAAAGAGGUGGAAGCUGCCUUAGAUUUUGCUCAGGUGGUGCAGUAUCCUGUGCUUGUUCGCCCGAGCUACGUGCUUUCAGGUGCCGGUAUGAUUGUGGCCUCGGACGAGAGCCAAUUGAAGGCCUAUCUGAACAGUGAUGCCGUUAAGAUUUCGCGCUCGAUCAGUGUGUCGAAGUUUAUCUUGAACGCCAAGGAGAUCGAGUUUGAUGGUGUUGCUAAGGACGGUGCCAUUCUGAACUACGCCAUGUCGGAACACGUGGAGAACGCUGGUGUGCACUCCGGUGACGCUACGCUGGUGCUGCCCGCCCAAAAGUUGUACGUUGGUACGAUCAAGCAGGUGAAGCGCAUUGCAAGCGCCAUUGCCCAAGCGCUAAACAUCACGGGUCCAUUCAACAUCCAGCUGAUGGCCCGUGACAACGACGUCAAGGUGAUUGAGUGCAACCUUCGUGCCUCGCGUACGUUCCCGUUCAUCUCCAAGACGUUCGAUUUGAACUUUAUUAACCUGGCGACCAAGGCGAUGAUCGGCCUGCCGGUGAAGUCAGUACCAAUCGCUUUAAUCGAUAUCGACUACGUCGGUGUAAAAGCGCCUCAGUUCUCGUUCACGCGUCUGCAUGGUGCCGACCCGAGCCUAGGUGUUGAGAUGGCCUCUACUGGUGAGGUGGCCUGUUUCGGCACAGACAUGCACGAGGCGUACCUGAAGGCGCUGCUGAGCGCUGGCUUUAAGAUGCCGAAGGAGAAGAAGGUGCUGAUCUCAAUUGGCAACCACGACAUUAAGCGCGAGUUUGCGGAGGGCGCUCUCAUUCUGCAGGAGCUGGGCUACACGAUCUACGCUACGCCUGGGACGCAUCAGUAUCUGUCCACGCACGGCGUCAAGAGCAUUGAGCUGCGCAAGCCUUCGGAUCCGGAGAGCGACCUGCCAAGCGUGAUUGACUACAUCUCAUCAGGCAAGAUUGAGCUUGUGAUUAACGUGCCCGAGGGAUUGAACAGCGAAGAGCUAACGAGCGGCUACAAGAUUCGUCGUGCCGCCGUGGACUUUGGCGUCUCCCUCAUCAACAACAUCAAGUGUGCGCUACUCUUUGCGCAGGCCGUGCAAAAGGUGCGCAAGCUCGAGAUCUGCAACAUCUCCGAGUACUAUGCCAUGCCAACGAUCGGCUGGCGCCCGGGCCAGAAGCUGACGGCUCGUAAGAUGUCCAUUUUCUAA